ACCAUGCCCGCCUGCCUGAAGGAAGAAUACUGGGACGGGCUCUUGUAUCGAUGUAUACGCUGCACAGAGGUCUGUCAGACACCAAAGUUCAAGAGUUGUACUGAGGUUUGCAAGUCAAUCGAGUGCAGCAAGCGGACAGGUUUCUACUAUGACAGGCUGAUCCAGAGGUGCGUCGACUGCACCACCAUCUGCGGCCAGCACCCUUGGGAAUGCCGGCACUUCUGCACGAGUCACCCCGCAACCUUGCCCGCACCGGCUGCUCUGGCGUGGAAGCUGGACAACGCAUAUGACCAGCGGCUGGUAGUCUACCUGGUUCUGGGCCUCUGCCUCACCACCCUGCUCUUCUCCUUGCUGAUGACCUGGAUUUACUUCAGAAAGCGGGGGGCGGAGGUGGCCUGUCGCACCGGGACCCUCGCUUGCCACAAAAAGGGGGAGGUCCCAAAAGAAUGCCUCAUGGAAGCAGGAAGCGUGGGAAGCGGAUCCAGUGGCAGCCAGACCCCGGAGCCCGUCGAAACCUGCGGCUUCUGCUUUCCUGAGCCGAGCCCCGCUGUCCAGGAGUCCAGAGCGUGUCACAGAACUUACCAGCUCGGGGCCAGGGAGGAUGCUACCACCAUUGCUGCUGCUGGGAUGUCCUGCCCAGGGAUUGUGGGGACAAUCCCUACCCCUGAGGAUGGCCACUUCCAGAUUAUAUGCUCGCCCUCGCAAGAGAAGAUGCAGAUGACUUGA